UCUCCUGUUUCCAUUCACACUCUCACACACACACACACAGAGCAGAAAGGACCAGGUCUCAUUCAUUCACAUUCAACUCACGGAGGAAGAGACAGUUCACUCACUCUGAGUCUUUUCCCACAAGAAACGUGUUUGUCGUGAGGAAACGAGCGCUCACAACCAACCGGGAAUUUAACCGUUCACGGAGGUGACUGGAUCGGGGCCUGUCCUCGGUGAACAGAAGAAGUGUUUUCUGGGCUCCCUCCGUCGCUCUUCGGGCUGCAUGUAUCAGGUGUCCACAGGAGUGCACAGGAGAGAAUCGACUGUUUCAACACUGUGCAUGAGGGGGUGAAGUGAUGCCUCAGGAAGGCUGCUGCAGGGUUUGCAUAAGGGGCUUGUAUAGCUGCCACUGGAGGAGGUCAAGUGUAAAGAAGAGAAAACAUGCCUGCUGCUGGUUCUCCGUCGUCACUCUGUCGUCCUUGCUUUCUCUCUGCUGGAUGUACAUUUGUCUGGUUACCUUUAAUGACCGAGAGGACGUUAACUGGCAGGGCUUCACGAAACUGAAAUGGUGGGUGAACUGGUUCAUGGUGGUGAUCAUCAUUUCUGCAGUGGUGACCAGCUACAGUGUUCUUCUCCUGCUCUUUGCACUGUUUCAACGUGCCUUAGGAGAACAACUCAACUUACACUGCUGCCACAGGAUCUUUCUGUUUCUCGGUGUGAUAUUCAUUGCUUUUGGGGUCAUAGGAAUAAGCAUGGAGUGGCGACAAGAAUGGCCAACAGUACCUCUGUCACUACAGGCCACAGGUCCGUUCUUGCAGUUCGGUGCUGUUGGAGCUCUGACGCUGCUGAGCUCCUUUGUCUUCCAGGGCUUCCAUCGGGCCAAAAACGGCUCUAAGGUCCUCAUUGCGUUAGUCUUCCUGACGGUGUCCGCCGCCAUCUUCCUGUGUCCCCUGUUCAUCCGCUCUCCGUGCCUGGUGGAGCUGAGUGAGUUACCCGAGAAACCAAAGCUCAUUGGCCACAGAGGUGCCCCGAUGUUGGCUCCAGAGAACACCAUGAUGUCUUUCAAGAGCAGCAUCGCAUGCGGCGUGACGGCCUUUGAGACUGACGUUCAGGUCAGCAAAGACAGAAUUCCCUUCCUGAUGCACGACAAUGGCUCGGAUUUUUUGUUGAGAACGACAAACGUUAAGGAGAAGUUUCCCGGCAAACGCUUCAACUACAGCACCGACCUGACCUGGGAGGAGCUGCAGAGCCUGAAUGCAGGUGACUGGUUCGUAAAGACAGAUCCUUUCCGUUCAGUGGGCCGGCUCUCAGAGACGGAGAAGCAAACUGCUCAGAAUGAGACGAUACCUUCUUUACUUCAGCUGCUCGACCUCGCGAAGCAGCACAACAUCUCUGUGAUCUUUGACCUCUACAGUCCAGACCAAAAAAAUGACACCAACGCCACAGUUAGCACCAUUCUGCGCUCUGGCAUUGACCCGAGUCUGAUCCUCUGGCUUCCACCAGCUGAGAGAGAAACUGCUUCAGGUUUCAUCCAGGUCUACAACAACGAAAAUGAAAUGUUCAACAAAACAGGAGACCACCUGAAUGUGAAAUACAGCCAGCUGAGCACAGACAAAAUCAGAGAGCUGCGCGAGAAGAACGUCACUGUGAACCUGUGGGUGGUUAAUGAGCGAUGGCUGUUUUCUCUGCUGUGGUGCGCAGGCGCUAGUUCUGUUACGACCAACUCCUGCCACCUCCUAAAAGACAUGGAGCGGCCUGACAUGCUCAUGUCGCCUCGUAAGUACAGAAUAAUAUGGAUAUCACUGGACGCUUCGUCCUUUUUGGUGAUGAUUGUGCUCUACAUCAUUCAGAGGAAAACACACAGUUCAUGUCUCUGGAGAGGAGGAGAGAGGCAAACAGACUCUACAUCAGCCUGGAACGAGAAAGAACUGUCUCCCUUCUUACCCACCGCAUAGACUGACUGACGUCAGACGUUUCAGUCGUGAAAUCUACUACUAUUCUGGAAUGCACUGCCAAAAUGAAUCAAGAAAGAAAAACGAGUUAAUGUGAAAUGUCUCACACUGUUUUUUGUGAAGCCAUGUAAAUUGCUUUUUCUUACAAUAAGAUGUGAUAAGAAGGUAUUUUUUUAAAGACAUCAUAGUGACCAGCAUUAUAUCACUCGAUCACAGGUGUGGUUUUUAUUCACUGAUCUUAUUAUUGUAACGUGCAACGUAUAAAUGCACUGAACGCAUUUUCGCAUUUUUCCGUGAUGUUGUUUUGAUUUGUUUCAAAAUCCUUUUUAAUGGUUUCUCCACUGCAUCAGAAGCAGUGUCAUAUAUAUGUAAACCUCUACUGUAUAAACUCUUCGUUUGUCUGUUUGUUAAUUACUACAAAGAUAUUUUAUUUUGCUGUGAAAAAAAAAUACGUGGAUACUCUAAAACUCAAAUAUGGUGAAAAGAAAAAAUAAUUCAAAAGAAAAUGUGAAAAACCACUUGUUCAUUUCAGUCCAUAUUUUUUUAAACAAAUUAAAACUAUCUCCUUACA